ACCGUGGAGAAAUUUUAAAAUACACGAUUUACCUACACAUUAUCAACACUUGCAUUCAAGCUAUUAUUUGUUUGGACGAAAAAGUCUGGGAGCUGCUGGCCUCAUCUAUCCGCCUGCAACCUUUUCUUCCCGGGAUCCGCUGAACCCUUCCAACCGGUGGGUCUCCCGUGCAGUUGCGAUGUAGUUCUUAUCAAAGCCCUCCUGUCUUGUUGUGACAGCUCUGAUAUUGUUUAUUGAGGUGGAUGUCAGCUUUAAUUAGCAAUCGAUACGGGGAGCGUUUGCAGCGCGCGUCUCUGACGUCAGCGCCCAUUACCGCCUCUCAUUGGGUCUCAUAUUCCCCGAGCCUGGGCUAAUUAUUGGGAGGUUCAUGUGGAUAAAGUACAGCUCAUCCCUCCCUUCACAUCAUGUCCCCCGCUUGUUGGCCACACUCGCUGCAUGCUUUUUAAAUUCCCGUCGCCGGCCUCCAGACGUCGCUUCCUUUUGCCUGCGGGAUGAUGGACAGCAGGAUACUGGAUCCACCUCACGCCCAGUUCGGAGGCUCUCUCGGCGGGGUGGUUGGCUUCCCGUACCAUCUAAGCCACCAUCACGUUUACGAAUUAGCAGGGCAUCAACUUCAAUCUGCGUCCGCGGUUCCCUUCUCGAUAGACGGAUUACUCAAUGGCUCCUGCACGGCGUCGGUGGGUAAUUCCAACCCCCUCUUGUCUUCGGGCUGCGGGAUGAAUGGAGAUAAUCACCAGUACAAACUGUCAGACUCGGUGGACCCAGACAAAGAUAGCCCCGGCUGCAAGAGAAGAAGAACUCGCACGAAUUUCACAGGCUGGCAGCUGGAGGAAUUAGAAAAGGCUUUUAAUGAGAGUCACUAUCCGGACGUGUUCAUGAGGGAGGCACUGGCUCUCCGAUUGGACUUGAUAGAGUCAAGAGUUCAGGUCUGGUUUCAAAAUCGCAGAGCCAAGUGGAGGAAAAAGGAGAACACAAAGAAAGGUCCGGGUCGGCCAGCUCACAACGCACACCCCACCACCUGCAGCGGGGAGCCCAUGGACCCAGAAGAAAUCGCCCGGAGAGAACUGGACAGGAUGGAGAAGAAGAAGAGGAAGCAGGAGCGCCGGUUGCUCAAGUCCCAGAACAAGCUCGUUUCUGGGGAUUUAUUUCACACCCCGGGGUCGGACAGUGACAGCGGGGUGUCACACGUCACCGACAGUGACCACAACACAUGUCCACCCUUUGAUUCAGUGGGGGGAAACCAGUCGAGAUGCGACCUGAAGAGCCAAAACCAGAACCAAAGACACCUAGACCGGGAAGCUGGCGGAUCCGAGCUGGACUCGCCCGACCCCAGCCACCGGUCGAGCCUGUGCUCCAGUAACACCAACAGAGCCUCCAGCAUGCAGAAACUCAACCCGUUUAGCGUCGAGAGCCUCCUUUCGGACUCCAGACCCAGACGCAACCCCGCGGCCUUACCCUCCUCACGGCCUUUGAUAGGGAAGGGACACUGCCUGCUCUAUCCCAUCACACAGCCGCUUGGAUUCAUUGUCCCUCAGACUGCCCUCAAGACGUCAACAGCAGGGACAAACUCUGACGGAGAGACCCCGGCGGACAGAGACCAGCCCGGUGUUUGCUGCAGCGCCUCCGCGAACUCCCCCGGAUGUAGGAGCAGCUCGCCGGACGCGCAAAUACUAGGACAGGUGGGACCGGAGGAAAAAUGGAGCCCGUCCAGGGCCGUCUUUCCGACAGGACAACAAAGCUCGGUUAUUUGCAGCGAGUCGACUUUUGAACUCAUCACGCCUGUCAACACGGACAAAAAGGAGCACUUGGAGCACACUGACAACCCCGAGCUUCUCAGUGACUGUCCUACACAAUCAAACUCCACAGAAGAUGUCGACCUGGAAUAAAUCAGAGGGGGUAAAACAAAGCAGAAAUAGCCUCUAAACACAUUUCAUUAGGCCAAAGCUUAACCACAUCUUUCGAUUUAACCUCUAUAGGGUUUUGCCCCAACUCUGCUGACAUUUUAACAAUGUCCUUCUUUUUCUUUUUGCGAGUGUGUGAGAGUAUCCUUUAAUGUGUGAUAACAUGUCAAAAAAAAAACAAACAAAAAAAAACACAAGACCAACAAAAAUCCUCAAGAGCUGUACGACAAGGUAUUAUACUAUUUAUAUAUGUAAGGUUUUUCUUAAAUAAAUCUAUUGUAUACAAGCACCUGA